AUGGAUAGUAGAGGGUAUUUGAAAUCAUAUGGCUGGGAAGAAGGAGAAGGUUUGAGGAAAGGCAGUUUGAAGAAACCUAUUCUGGUGAAACAUAAGAGAGACAGAAAAGGCCUUGGGAAUGCAGUUGGUCAUGAUGAUGGUGAAGUAUGGUGGGAAAGGCUGUUUGAUGGACAUCUAAAAAAUCUGGAUAUAUCGUCUUCAUCUAAAGGAGAUGGAAUCGUGUUCAAACAGAAGAAAGUUGUAGCGUCAGCUAUGUCAAAGGGUAGCUCCCCAUUAUACCAAUGGUUUGUAAAAGGUGAAGGUUUGAAAGGCACAAUUGAUAAUAAAACAAGUUUCGAAGCAGAAGACCUGCUUGUUUCAAGUAUAUCAAUUACAAAAAAGAGGAAAAGAGAAGACAAAAUUGACUCGAAAAAGUCUAAGCAUAAGAAGAGGAAGCAUAGUACAGAUAAGAAGAAGGACAAGAAGAAGGAUGGCAGGCAUAAACCUAAAAGUAAACAUAGCAAGGAAGUCAAAAAAUCUAAUAAAGAAAAGAGAGAUAGACGUCAUAAAAAGUUAUCGAAGAAAGAACAUAGCUCUAAAAAACACGUUAAUACUUUGAAGGAAUAA